AUGUAUCGUCAGAUUCUGAUCCACCUUGAGGACCGGAAUCUUCAGCAAAUCUUGUGGCGGUACAGUUGCCAGGACGAAGUAAGCGACUAUCGGCUGAACACCGUCACUUACGGUCUAGCGUGUGCGCCGUUCCUGGCCAUGCGCACUUUUUGCCAGCUUGCCGACGACAAAGCGGAGAGCUUUCCUCUGGGCUCUCGAGUUCUACGCGGGAAAGUGUACAUGGACGAUAUAUUGACUGGUGCCUCGACCUUGGAGGAAGCUUGCGAGCUACAACGGCAGCUGACCGGACUGUGCAUGGCGGGCGGCUUCCCCCUGCGCAAGUGGUCGGCGAACGAUCCCGGGAUCUUGAAGAGCGUUCCGGCUGAGCAUCUCAUGCAGCGGGCUCUGCGUGAUUGGCGGUCUCACGAGACGCAUGGCACCAUGGGACUGCGGUGGCAUCCCGCCACAGACGAAUUUUCUUUUUUUGUUCCAGCUACCACCCUGAAAGACGUCAUAAAGAGAUCGGUGCUCUUUUUCACCGCGCGCCUCUUUGACCCCCUCGGCUGGUUGGCGUCUGUGAUAGUGAGGGCCAAGAUCUUCUUCCAGUCAACCUGGCUGCGAGGUCUGGGAUGGGACGAACAGCUGGAAGAGGCGGCCGAGCGGCAGUGGCACGUCUACGCGCAGAAGCUUCCGCUGCUCGAGAGCCUUCGAGUGCCGCGGUGGCUGGAGGUCGGCCCGCCUGACGACUACGUCGAGCUUCACGGCUUUGCCGACGCCUCGGAGCGUGCCUACGCCGCGGUGCUCUACAUCCGGACCGGAGACAACGGUUUUUGGCAUGCGCGACUGGUGGCUGCUAAAACCAAGGUCGCGCCAGUAAAACCAGUGACACUGCCACGGCUCGAGUUGUGUGCCGCGGCGCUCCUGGCCAGGCUCACCCUCCACGCUUGCUCUACGCUUGGCCUCUUUCGAACUAUCAUCCACCUAUGGUCAGACUCCAUCACCCUGGGAUGGAUCCGAGGUCAUCCUAACCGGUGGAAGACUUUUGUGGCCAACCGCGUGUCCGAGAUCCAGACCAUGGUGCCUGACGCUCGAUGGCACCAUGUUUCUAGCCAGGACAACCCUGCCGACUGCGCCUCCCGCAGGCUGUCGCCUGAAAAGUUGUUGACACAUCUUCUCUGGUGGCGAGGUCCUUCGUGGUUUCAGGCAGAGCCAUCUUCUUGGCCUGGCGAGGACCCUGCGUCUGUCUACGACGACUGGCCGGAGAAGAGGACAGCGAUCAACGCCACCAGGACUGUGCCUGUUCCGGUGGAGGAGCCUGACGAGCUCCGACGAUGCUCAUCACUCAACCGUUUGUUGCGAUUGACUGCCUGGUGCCGAUGA